CAGUUCAGAUGGCAGCGCAGCAGUAUGUGACGAUGGCACGAGUUGAGCCCAAAUGGAAGAUAAAAUAGGGAAACAACGUCGUAUUUCAUUAACGAUGUGACCUUAAUGAUACAGACAGAAUAUAAGUUAUCGUGUUAAAAAUGUGGCAGACACACUCAGGAUACAAUAGCGAAUCAGUGAUAAGAAUAAUCAUAUAUUUUCGUGAUAAUAAUAUUGAAAGUGUGUUACUAAAUGCUAUAGAUGGUCAAGAGAUGUCAAGUGAAAAGGGUAAAUAUUGCAAAUAUACACAUGCAGAUAGCUGUUCCUCAAUAUGCGUGUGUAAUAUCAACAAGCGCGGUGCGUGUAAUACGUUUUUGUAAUCGCCGAAUAGGCGAUUUUAUAAUUAACAACAACUAAGCUAAAUUUAUAAGAACGAAAAUGGAACAACAAAAUGAUUGCUCUAUUCAAAGAGGACAACCACUGCGUCGUUACCCAAAUGAUUACAAGGCGGAGGGACAUUCGUCCUCGAUGAAUAAAACAAUAAAUCAGCCACAGUAUUCGAAUACAGGGAGACCGACAGUACGCGUAGCUGUUUACCUGAUGACAGGGGUAUUUCUAACAAUGGAGGUUGAGCAAAACGCAACCGCACAGCAAAUUUUCACAAUAGUACAAUCGGAAGCGGAACUGAGUUUGACAAGAUUUUCCAUGGUAACCGCUACGCCAGUUUUUGCCAUUUGGAUGUGCUCCUCACAGUUGGAAGUUCAAUUACGCCCCACACACAAACCUGUGGAACUGGCUGCAAAGUGGAAUUACCUCGUAAAUAAAUACAGCUCUCACACAGAAGACUCAGAUGACGAAGAACCUUUGUUGUACUUUCGUAGAAACAUAUUUCUCUCCAAGACGGAAGAGGAACAAAUCAAAGACACCAAAAUACUCGAAUUGCUCUAUGCAGAGGCCAAACAUAACGUUCUGCAAGGACGAUACGCGUGCGAUGGUCCCGCGCGUUACGCCAGCUUGGGUGCUUUGCAAGCCCGAAUUGAACUUGGACCGUACAACGCGCAAAUUCACACCUUAGCAUUCUUCAGGAGACAUCGCGGUCGAUUUUUACCGUAUCACCACGCUUUCCCCAGUCUCCUCUUAGGAUUGGGACUCGGACUCGGAUUGGUAGGUGGCAAGGGAGCACCCGAGGCGCAUCUUCUGGAGCAAUAUAAGCGAAUACCUAGUCACAGCGGCAGCGCGAACGCGAAUCCAAAGAAGCUAAUUAGAAAAUAUCUCGAGUUCUGCUGGAACUUACCCUGCUACGGCGCGGCCUUCUUCCAAGGGCAGAUCGAGCGACCCGUGAGAGGUCUCGCGUCGUGGAUCAUCAAUCGCGACAUGCAGAUUCUCAUCGCAAUUAAUACGUCCGGGGUGUACAUAGUUGAUGACGUGCAAUGCAGCUUGCUAUUAGGGCUAAAAUACUCGGAACUGAGUUGGGAAAUGGCGAAACCCUCGGACGAGAGUAACCCGGACUGCCUACCUUGCUUGUUCUUACAGUUUCCAGUACGGGAAAAUGGAACACGUGUCUACAAGAUCUUGCAGGUUUUCUCGAGACAGGCACCAAUGAUGGAUACCUUAAUAUCCGGGUUUGCCGAGGAUUAUCGCUGUCAAUUUGUCAAUAAUGACACCAACAAUGACCAGUUGGAUCACCCGCUGGUCUCUGCUACUGUGAGCUUUACAAAUAAACUCAGCAAGUUUACCCUGGCUACCUUCGAUGAUGAAGGUCGAUGCAUCGGUCAAAUGGGCUCAUGGUCUUUUCGCUAAGUUAUUGUACAUAUGCCAAUAUACUUCUUGAUGAUACAGGAAUGAGUAUGAUUUUUGUAAUAUUAUACGUAAGAAGCCUUCUUACGUGUGAAUUAAUGUCCUUUGCACUUACUUAAAUAAUUAACUCAACUUCACGUA